CUCCCCCUCCUCCGGUCGCUCCUCUCCUCCACACGCUCAAAACGCUCUGUCAUGGCGUCUUCCAACCAUGUUACCCCAACCAAGUGUGGCUGGUGGCCCAUCUCGGCGAUGGACGAGGACGGCAAAAUGACAGACGGGGACGAGUGCGACGACCCCUGCACGGCCGAACCCAAAGCGCUCAACAAAGACAGGCUGGUUUUGUACCAUUGGACGCAGUCUUUUGCCUCCCAGAAGGUCCGUCUGGUGAUCAACGAGAAGGGUCUGGUGUGCGAGGAGAGAGACGUCAGCCUGCCACUGCAGGAGCACAAGGAGCCGUGGUUCAUGAGGCUUAACCUUGGAGAGGAGGUGCCCGUCUUCCUCCACGGUGACAACAUCAUCAGUGACUACAACCAGAUUAUAAACUACUUGGAGACCAAUUUUGUGGGAGACUCGGUGGCUCAGUUGAUUCCCGCGGCAGACUCGCCAGUUCACGGGCGAGUCCAACAGUACCGCCAGCUGCUGGACGGCCUCCCCAUGGACGCGUACACUCACGGCUGCAUCCUCCACCCGGAGCUCACCACCGACUCUAUGAUCCCAAAGUACGCCACUGCUGAAAUACGUCGGCAUUUGGUCAACGCAGCGACAGAAUUGAUGAAGUUAGACCACGAGGAACCCCAACUGACAGAACCUUACCUGUCCAAGCAAAAGAAGCUCAUGGCAAAGAUCUUGGACCAUGACAAUGUCAACUAUCUGAAGAAAAUCCUGGGAGAGUUGGCAAUGGUUUUGGAUCAAGUGGAGGCCGAACUGGAAAAAAGGAAACUGGAGUACCAAGGUCAAAAGUGUGAGUUGUGGCUAUGCGGACCAGACUUUACACUAGCCGAUAUCUGCCUGGGCGCUUUGCUGCACAGGCUCAAGUUCUUAGGACUUUCUAAGAAGUACUGGGAGGACGGCAGUCGGCCCAAUCUGCAGACCUUUUUUCUGCGUGUGCAAAAACGCUACGCUUUCCGCAAGGUCCUGGGCGACAUCCACACGACGCUCCUGUCGGCGGUCCUCCCCAACGCCUUCCGAAUGGUCAAAAAGAAGCCGCCUUCCUUCUUUGGGGCCUCCUUUCUUAUGGGAUCCCUCGGCGGCAUGGGCUACUUUGCCUACUGGUUUUUAAAAAAGAAAUACAUGUAGUGAAUGCUCUCUCGGUGUGUUCAACGUCUGUUUCCGCGUGCGAUGCUUGAACUUUUCUGUAACAUUGGACGACUGCAGGAAAACCGUACCGAAUAGAGGAAGCGCCUAUACUUAGUGUACUCGGGCGAGGCAAGAUACACACUAUGAAAACAUUCCAUAAGGAGACAUUUCUUGACUGCACAUUUUCGGGUACUCGCAGCCUUCAUCGAGCAGCUUUGCUCUUCUUUGCCCUUUGCUCAAGGCAUUCAACCGGUUCACUUAUAAAUACACUGCACUCCAAUGAAACUAGUGCAAGUCUCACUCACACACGCGCGCGUACACAUAGGGGUUAAGUGACCUUGGCACGCCGGGCGCGACUCCUCGCCAUUUACUCAUCGCUGCUGGAAGCACGAAACCGCAGGAAAAUGUUUCCCUUUUGAAUUGAGGCCCGUGUCCAAAACAGAAAGCAGUUACGAUAAAACAUCUUCAGCCUUCGAGUUCCCGAUGCUAAAAAGUGCCAGUUUUUUUUCAGCAUGUGACACAAGGAAAAUACAGCUUUUACAUGACUAUAAUUACAAUCAAAUGUUAAAAGUCAGCUGCUAAAUUGUCACUAUUUUUGUUGAAAAAAGUAUUUAUGUUGAUUCUCAUAAGAUUACAUUUUCUCAAAACAUUUACGUUAUCCUCCCAAAAUAUCCGCAUGCUAAAAUAACCACCAAAAAAAAAAAAAAGUAAAAACAAAGCUGAUUCUUGUCAGGCUUCAUUAAAAAAAAAAAGUAUUCUUUUUGUCAAAUUCUUAUUGUAAUAUUGUCACUUUUCCCUCAAAAAAUUUCUUCCUGAGACAAUAUGACAAUUUCAUCAGACGACGAAUUAAUUGGUGAGACUCUUUCUCAUAAGAUGGUUACUUUUUUUUCCAAGAAAUGCAACCAUACUGAAAAAAAUUUAGUUUAUCAUCAUCAUCAUCGUAUUGACUAAUUUGCCAAAAAGACCAAGUGUGGAAAAAACAUUGACUUUUUUCCCAACAAAAAUACCACUAUGCUAAAAAAAAAGAUUUUUGUCUUUAAAAAAAGUUACUUAAUUUUCAGUUAAUGCGAAAAUUAGUAUAUUCUCAUCAGAUUACAAAUGUUCCCCCUCUUGAUUUCUGACCUUAUUUGCCAAAGAUGACGACUCACAAAUAGUAUGACUAGACUAUAUUUAAAUAGUGUUCAUUAAAGUGUUUAUUGUUAGAUUUUUUUUGGGGGGGGGGGGGGGUCAAAAAUUUUCACUUAACAACACAUUUUUGUUGACCCAAAAAAAAUACAAAUGUGUAAAGGAUAAACUGUUUUAUGUAAAAUAUGUGAUUAUAUUCCCAGUUAAUGCUCUAUUGCCCCCCCCCCACAACAGAUAAACACUUUUUUGUGAAAUAUUUUUGACAUUAUUCUUAAACUCUGACUUUGCCCUAGAAUAAAAUACAACUGUAUUGUUAAAGGAGCACAAUUUUGUGGUACAACUUUCUAAUCUAAAAAAAUGACUCCAUUCUGAGUUAAUGCUCUAUUGUCGCAAAAAAAGACAACUAAAGAAAUGCUUCCUCUUUUGACUUUGGGAUCUCCAGACCAACUUUACUCUUGGAAAGAAAUGAGUUUAUUGUACGACGACCAUUUUUUCCUCCUCAAAAUAUGCAUAAAUUUGACUAUUGUCAUAAGACUUUCAACUUUAUACCGAAUUUGUUUGUGCUUUUGUUUUAACUCCUUUAAAUCCAAAGCAUCUCUGCGUCGUUAUGGAUACGGGCCCACGUUCUUACUUUCGAGGCAAGUGCCGUGUAAUUCAAUUGCAGAACGCGAAACAACGCCAUUUCCCAAACAUACCAGCUUGGGGUUGGACAUGUACAACUCGCACGCACGCACGCACGCACGCACGCACGUCCACUCGGUUGAUGGGAGCACCAGAGACGCAAUCUCACCGCACACAUUCCGCAGACAGCGAGCUGAGGUUCUACGCUUGUAAACAGUUGAAGGUUUAAAGGAAAACACUGUCACGUCCUCUUCAAUGUGUGCGUAAUGUUUAAUGGAUCCCCAGCAAUAAUGAGCAGUGAAAAGGAGUGCAUUCCGUUUGCCUUCAGGUUUUUAUUUGUGUCCGUAAUCGCGCGCGAACAACGUUGCGCGAAGGUAACGCUCUGCGGCAGAGAUGUUUUGUACAGUCACGCCUCAAUGGUGGCGUUAACCAACCUUUGUUGAGCCACAAUGUUUGGCACAUCUGAAAAAUUCGCACAGCGCACCAGCCAGAAAUGGCCAAAAAAGAACGUACAGUGAGACACGCUUGGCCCGAAAUGUUGCUUCGAUUUACGUGUAGGCCGGCAACUAACGAUCAUUUUCAGAAUUGAUUCACCGAUGAAUUGGAUUUUCAAAAAUGUUUUUUAAAUUUCCAUCUCGUUAUACAAAAACAUGAAACAAUUUCAAAUUGACAGUGUAGGAGAUCCACAUCAUUUCAAGGAGGGCGACAGUAAUCGCAGAUUUACUGCUGGAGGAUGAAAUCACCAAGACAAUUUAAAAUUAAACAAGACCAAAUUGACCAAAAUAGAUAUCCUUCCCCCCAAAAAAGUAAUUAGCAAUUAGUUUCAUAAAACUAGUCAAAAGAAAAUUUGAAAUGAGAGGUGGCUUUUUGUGUCCCUAAACAUAUUUUCGAGGAUGAUUUCAAAAAAGCUUUUUUUCCUACACCAAGUUUUUAAAAUGUUUUCAUCCUUUUGUUUUAAAAUUUGACCUAUAUAAGAUUACGCGACACAUUUUACCACGCAUAAUUUAUAACUGACCUUUCAGUCACCAAUUAAGUCACCCAUAAUUCAUAAAUAUUACAAAAACACAAUAUAUGAACGCUGUCAUUACGAAAACCUGUGAAAUGACAGAUAACAGAAUCAGCACAAAAAAUACAAAUCUGGAAAUGUGUCCUUGCACCCUUGAUGAAUAAAUUCAGUAAAUAUUUGUUGAUCAGUUUAAUGAAUGAGUUGUCAAUUCAUCAUUACUCUUCAACAGGGUCCUGUCACCCUUAACGUAAAACAAAGACAAACAACCACGAAGCUUGACAGCGGUCCAUUUAGCUUAAUGGCAGCAAUACAAUAGGCCAUCGGGGUAACAAACGGCAUCUACUUGGUUGUGUUUAUCCAGCGCUUUCUGCACAACAAACAAUAUGACGAAUACUGCCGCUGACUAAGUUCCCUGCAGUAGUUGUAAAACUCUUCUUUGUUUGGGUCCGCAAGACUACUGUACCGCCCCCUGGUGGACAAGUUACAAACAUCGGAAGCGGCCACAAAUACAGGAUUUAGCAUGAUGCGCGAUUUAUUUUGGGGGAUUUUAUUUAGUGUUGUUACUGAGGUGCAAUCGAUUACUUGAUAACUAUUUAAUCACCAACUAUUUUCAGAAUCCUUUAAUCAUUUAGAGACAUUGUUCAAAUCCUCAGAAUUCCAGCCACAUUUCUGUCGUCCUCCACAAAAGUAGACCGACUAUCUUUGUGUUGUCUCAAAAUGAGACGUCUGCUUUUAGUUUGGAAACUCCAAACCACUAACUGACUCAGAAUCAAUUCAUGCACAUUUCUGCAAUGUCAAUUUUAAAUCAUUUCCUGUUUUGUGGAUGUCUUUGUUUUCAUUUUUUGCAUCUGAUUCAUCAAUCAAUCAAAACAUGAAUCAACAAACUAAUUGAUUAUUAAAGUAAUGAUGAGUUGCA